UCCAAAUCAAGAAUAGUAGAGAGGAGCAUAGGACUAAAAGAAGAGAAGAGAAAAUAGUCAAGAAGAUGGGAAGGGUGAAAUCAAACAAUGAUCCAACUCCAAGCCUAAAGCACUUUAGUCAUCCACAUGAAUUGGAGUUAUGCACCCAACUCCAAGAUUUAAGCCCUUGUUCAGGAUGUAGACUUCCACCACAAGGCCAAAUGUACAUAUGUAGACCUUGCAACUUCACUCUUCAUUUGAGCUGUGCUAACUUCCCACAGCUGAUUACUCACCCUUCUCACCCGAACCACCCUCUAAAUCUAUUCCCUACGUCUAAGUACCCCGGUGGCCAAUUCAACUGUGAUGCGUGUAAACGUCAUGGGAACGGUUUCAGCUACCAUUGCAGUUAUUGUGAGUUUGAUCUCCAUGUGAUUUGCGCAUCUAAACCGCUCAAAAUCACACACCAACUGCACCAAUGUUCGCUGGAACUCACCUUCAAGAAUCCUUAUGCUAAUGCUAAAGGCUUCUCUUGUGAUGUAUGUCACAAGAUUGGAUCCAAGCAGUGGCUUUAUAGAUGCCCUACUUGUGAGUUUGAUGCUCAUUUGGAUUGUUUAACUUCUGCCCCUAGACAGGCAGUCCAAGCACCAGCUUCACAUCCAACUGCCCUCCCACACCAAAAUUCAUUCCCAGGGGCAUCUAGCCAAUUUCAGCAGGCUACUAUGGGUACACAAGCAAGGCCAAAUCAAUUGAUGCAUGCCACAAGUACAGGUUCAAUACCUAACAACCAAUCCCUACAGCCUCCAGUAUUCCAAGGACAAGGACAAAUGAGGCCAAACCAGUUGUUUCACAGUGCUAGUACAAGUGCAGUUCCCCAGCAACAGUUCCUGCAGCCCCCUAUGAUUCAAGGACAAGUGACGCCAAACAGUGGUAUCGGGAAUGGUUUGAUGAAUGCUGCAAUUCAAGGACUUGUAGAAGGUGCAGCUCAGCAGGUUGGUCAGACUUUAAUGCAGGGGAUAAUAGGUGGUGGUGACAAUAGUGGUGGAAAUGAAGGAUCAUCAAUCCUGGGAAGCAUUUUUGGCGACUCAUCCGACACGCAAUACUAGAUUACAUAUUUUUGUUUCCUUUUUAUUUGUCUGAGUUAAACUGGUUAGACUCGGGGUUAAACGUAAAACUCUGAUCAUUCUUUGGUGUUUUGUUUUUGGAUGAGAUACAUGCUUUUGUGCCUUGGUGUUUAA